CUCUCUCCUCCCCUUGUUAUGACAGAGCACACCUGCUUGAUCUUGGCUGCACGCGCUCCGAGUCCAAUUACCCCAUAGGCCCUCUCAGCCACUUCUUCACAGUCUCAUCCCCCCACUCCACUCGGCUGGAUUUUGGGAGUCAAGCUCAUCUCACCCACUUCUGCUCUGUUUGCCUUGAUUCUGCUGAGAACAGGCUCCCCGCUAGCAGCACCAUGAGGUCAGCCUGUCUCUCUCUGCUCCUGGUCACCGCCUGCUGGGCUCUGCCCUUCCGCCAGUCGGGCUUCUUAGAUUUCAUGAUGGAGGACGAGGCGUCAGGCGAUCUGCCCGCACCGCCCGCCAUGCCCGAAGGACCCAAGUGCCCCUUCAGAUGCCAGUGCCACCUGCGCGUGAUCCAGUGCUCUGACCUCGGUCUGAAGUCAGUUCCCGGGGACAUUCCUGAUGACACCACCCUGCUGGACCUGCAGAACAACAAGAUCACUGAGAUCAAGGAAGGCGACUUCAAGAACCUGAAGGGGCUGCAUGCUCUGAUCCUCGUGAACAACAAAAUCACCAUCAUCCACGCCAAGGCCCUCAGCCCUCUGACCAAGCUGCAGCGCCUCUACCUGUCGAAGAACAUGCUGAAGGACAUGCCCGCCAACAUGCCCAAGAGCCUGCAGGAGCUCCGCAUCCAUGAGAACCAGAUCUCCAAGAUCAAGAAGGCCUCCUUCCAGGGCAUGUCCCAAGUCAUCGUCAUGGAGCUUGGGUCCAACCCUCUGAAGAGUGCAGGAAUUGAGGCCGGUGCUUUUGCUGACCUGAAAAGGGUCUCUUACAUUCGCAUCGCAGACACCAACAUCACAGACAUCCCCAAAGGUCUGCCGAGCUCUCUCUCUGAGCUCCACCUGGACGGAAACAAGAUCACUAAGGUGACAGCUGAUGGCCUCAAAGGCCUGAAGAACCUGGCAAAGCUGGGUCUGAGCUACAAUGAGAUCAUCUCUGUGGAAAACGGCUCACUGGCUAACGUACCCCACCUGCGAGAGCUGCACCUCGACAACAACGCUCUCACCAGCGUUCCUCCCGGCCUCCCCGAUCAUAAGUACAUCCAGGUGGUCUACCUCCACUCCAAUAAGAUUGCCGCUGUGGGAACAGAGGACUUCUGCCCUCCUGGCUUCAACACCAAGAAGGCCAUGUACUCUGGCAUCAGCCUGUUCAGCAACCCCGUGGCUUACUGGGAAGUUCAGCCAGUCACCUUCCGCUGCGUCUUCGACCGCUCCGCCAUCCAGCUCGGCAACUAUAGGAAGAAGUAGAGCAGCCCGCUCGAGUGUGUGUUUGUAAAUGAGCGUGUGAAAGUUUUGUAAGUGUGCGUGUUGACCACCAGCCCCACAACACUGAGGCCACCCCACCUCCCCCUUCCCCACCCUCCUUCCCCGCCCCACCAACACUGCCCGCCCUCAAACGACGAACGACGAUAAUCCCGCGCACUCAUUUCGAAAACACUAAUGGACAUGGACCUCAAAGGCAACACACAUCAUUUUCAGUAUUUAGCUUCAAGGUUGGUGCAACAUUAAAAACACACAGCUUCAGGCAGACGUAGGCACAUUCAGGCGACGCUCUUGUCCACGCGACCGGUUAUGUCAACAUGUGUUCUCAUGCUGUGACGUGUUAAUGUGCAUAUGUACAAUGUAUUCAGUGGGCAAAUUCAGAAAUGAACCCGAGCCAAAAAGAUUUGAAAUGAAAAAAGAAAAAAAAAGAAAAAAAAAAGUCCCGGCUUGAUCGACUUUUUAUUUUGACCGCUAUAUGAAUCACGACAAAGCUGGCCUGUAGAGCAGGCGGCAAGGGGUUGCCUUGUAUCUUACAAUACCUUUAACAAUUGGUAAACUAGAAUGUACUUGAUAUCGCCUUUGUACUAGGAAUAGCAUUCAGAGUGUAAUAUCACCAAGCUGCACUCCUCGAAAGAGCUCAGUUUCUAUUUGUAUUGUAUUCAAUUCAAGUAGAGAGAUAAAAGCAACGGUGACUUAUAUCAUUGUGAUUUCUUGUGCUUACUCCUUCUCUUCAGCACAUUCCAUCCCCUUCCUGUUUCUCUCUCCUAGUGUGAUGUUUUCCAUAAAAACAAAGUGAAAAUAGCUUCUUAAAAAAAUGUAGAAUAAACCAUAUAUGUUUUAAACAGAAGCCAUUCCCAAAGAUUUAUAUGCAUGCUCUUCAUUUUUUUUUUCCUUUCAACUUGAACCUGGUGCUUUCUGGAUUCUCUUGUUAAUGCGUGUAUGUAUUUCUCUCAUUUUUUUUUUAUUAUUUUUUAUUUUUUACCUUACCCUUUCUUUCUUUCUUUCUUUCUUUUUUUUUUUAAACCGUUAAGACAAAAUGACGGGUGUAAGUAGACUGGCGUGCCCAAAGCACCCACGUUGGUGUGAAUGUUGUAUGUAUAGACGCUGUAUAUAAAUGCUGUAUAAAAAAACUCUCAUUGCUUAAAGGCACAAGCACUUACCAUAGCUCAGACUUAAUAUAUCAGCAAACAAAGGUGUUCCUCUUUUUUUUUCCGGAGCAGGGGCUCCAGCUACGGUGUCCUGAAUAAAAUAAAAAUACUAAUGAAAAAGGUA